AUGACAAUUGAUCCAUCCCUUGACAAACUCUUCUACUCCUUGUUAACCAAAGAUGAUUUUUCUGGGUAUGAGGAUCCUGACAAGUUUAAAAAGUGGAUUCCAAAAAUUGAAGCAUAUCGUCAAAAGCUAGAUGAUUCGGUUCCCCCAGAACUCAAAGUGGAGUUGCCAGACUCAAUUGACAGCUUGAAAGCAAAUCAAUUCAAUGCAAUGCAAUAUUUAUACGACGAAAAGUUGUUGUCGCCUCAUGAUUUUGCGAUUACGGAUUCCCUGGGAACUCUGAUUGCUUAUAAAAUAGCUUCUGGUGAGUGGACUGCUGUUGAGGUGUUUAAAGCUUUUACCAAGAGAGCCGUUUUAGCUCAUCAGUUUACCAAUUGUGCCGUUGAAUUCUUUGUUGACGAAGGUCUUGCAAGGGCUAAAGAAUUGGAUGAAUAUUACACAGCACAUGGUAAGACAGUUGGUCCAUUACAUGGAUUGCCGAUAUCUCUAAAAGAGCAUAUAUCAUUAAAAGGCAGGAUUGGACAUUCGGGCAUUGUGUCGUUGCUAGACAACAUAGCUGACAAAGAUGCCGUAACUGCAACAAUUUUGUACAAUUUAGGUGCUGUUUUCUACGUUAGAACUAACGAACCCCAUGCUUUGUUGCCGUUAGACUCUGGAAAUAAUAUAACUGGGUUUACAAAAUGUCCCUUCAAUCUACUUUUAUCAAGCGGUGGUUCAUCAUCUGGUGAAGGAGCAAAUAUUGCCUAUGGCGGAAGUGUUAUUGGUGUUGGCUCGGAUAUUGGUGGUUCCAUUAGAUCUCCAGCAGCCUUUUCAGGGUGCCAUGGAUUGAGACCAUCGUCAAGGAGAAUCUCUUGUAGAGGGUUAGUUGGGGGAGAAGGUGGCCAAGAGAGUGUGGUAGGGGUGCUUGGGCCAUUGUCACGAACAAUUGAGGACAUUAACUUGUUCAUGAAGCUGUACAUAAAUGACGGCAAACCCUGGCUUCGUGAUCCGUGGAGUUUGCCAAUGGAAUGGAGAGAAGUUCCUGUCCCCGAAUUGUCCAAAUUGAAAAUUGCCGUUGUUAGGGACGAUGGUGUUUGCAGGGCAACGCCACCUAUUCGCCGUGGAUUGAACCAAGUAGUCGAAAAGUUGAAACUGGCUGGUGUUGAGUUAGUAGAGUUUGUGCCAAAGAAUGGACGAUUGGCGUAUGAUGUAGCUGCGAAGCUAUCCACCUGUGAUGGUAAUAGAGAAUUGCGUGAGUUAUUCUCAGCAUCGGGAGAGCCAUUACCAAGAUUGACAAAAUGGUACUUGAACAUAGGUGAAGGGAGAAGGGAGUUAACCGUUCAUGAGAAUCGUGAACUUAACUCAAAAAGGGAUAGAUUGAGGGAGGAAUAUAGUGACUAUCUUAUUGAAAAUAAAAUUGAUUUCUUCCUUGGUCCUGCCUACGAUAACGUUGCUCCAAAGGAAGAAGAGGUAUACAACGAAUCCUACACUUUGAUUUACAACUUGUUAGAUUUCCCAAGUUUAGUUUUUCAAACAGGGUUAUUUCAGGAUCCCAAAAUUGAUGUGUGGCAAAAGGAGGACUUGGAUUAUAAAUACAGAAGUGGCAUGGAGGAAUUAGAGAAUAGAAGUUAUGACCCUAAACAAUUUGUAGGGGCACCAAUUGCUCUACAACUAAGCGGAAGGAGGUAUUUUGAUGAGGAAGUCGUGGCUGCGUCUAAAGCGAUUGUAGAUUUUCUUGGUGUCGAUUUGUUAAAAAGACAGUAA